AUGGCUGUGAUGACACAUGGAUCCGAUGAGGAAGGAAAAAUUGUAGAAAAUCAGAGAAUUAUAAAUUCUGACACAAAAUAUGCCACCACAGUCAACGAGCCAGUCAAAGAUAUACUCGACCGUGUUUACACCAGGCUAAUGGAGAAUCUUAACAAGCGUGAAUCCAAUAAGGAUCCAUCCCCAAUCUGUACUGUCGAGUAUCUUGCACCAGAGCCCUCUCCAGUAUCGCUCCCUACCUCAGUUGCAGUGGCUGUUGAUGAAUCAAGCCGCACAUACAGGCUCCCGACUGAUGCAGCACUGCUUCCGAAUCCUGAUGUAUGGCUGGAGGCACUGGCAGGUCCUAGCUCAGAGCUGGCUUCGUGCACUUCUCACAUCGCCAGUGGUGGUUUCGCAAAUCACUAUAUUGAAGGUCGGGAUUUAUCAUACCGCAAUGCUUAUUUGCGUGUACACGGCCAUGCAGUUGGCUCUGGCGAUAUAAACUCUGUUGGUAUAGAACAGCACUUCUCGGCUGAUGCGCUCAAGUCAUUCACCAUCAGCCAGGAGCUUGUUCAGAAGUACUGUUCUAGUACUCACAUCACGUCAAAGUAUUACAAAAUGGCUGCCGACGAGUCACAGCUGGCCCCAAUGGACAUAUUCUUCGGCAUCGGAAUUAGCCAAUUGACAUCUAUCUUGACCACUCCCCCUCUGCAUAGAGGUCUCCUUGGGAUCAUCCACUUGAGCCAUAGUACAAACUAUCAGGUAUCACUCACUGCACUUGAAAACAUUGAGAGUGGCCAGAAAAUAUCCUUCACUUCGAGAUUUUACCGCAAAGGAAACCUCAUUGCUAUAUGUGAGGAUGUUCUUGUCAUACGCGGCCAAUAUGCAGCAUACAACCAAAUGUUCCGAUCAAUGGAUGAACCUGUGCGACGCAUGCAAACCGAAUCAGAUGAGGAUGCUACAGCGCUUGGUGCUAAAGAGUGGUUUAUAUUCAAAGAUGGCUCUGAGCCUCUCAGCAUUAUGCGUGGAGAUGUUCUGGAGUUCAGGCUCCAUUCGCACUACCAGUUCAAAUCCAAUGAGAUCUACUCCAAAAUCAAAACAGCCGGACCUGUGUAUCGCUUGCUACCAUCCGGAGAAUAUGAGCAUAUUGCUGAUGUGUAUUACGAGAAUAAUGAUGCUUAUGACAACUAUGUCAUCCAGUUUUUGAAUGAAAGCCAGCUGAGCGAUGCGAGCACAGUGAAUUUUGAGUAUGACAGUACACUGGUAUUGCAGAAUGGAAUUUCAGGUGGUUUGUCCUUUAAAGCACCAUCAGUAAAUUGGGAGUUUGCGCAUGCCUCUGGCGAUCAGAGCAUGGCGCACACAAACCCGUAUGUUGCAGCAUAUACUGGGGAAUCGGAAAUGACUUGUCACAGAAUGUGGACAUCAGCCGCAUCUCGCGCUGUUGUUGAGCGUGUUGUUGCAGAUAGCGACCCUCGGCGCAUGCGCUCAUACAGUGUCCAGUUUGUUGGAAAUGUCUAUCCAAACGACAAACUUCGGGUAGAGCUAGUUCACGCAGGGAUGAACAACUGGAUACAUGAUUAUCAAUGGCAAGACUCAGAGGUUGCCCAGGCAAAGACCGCAUAUGUGUUUACUGGCCAGGGGUCGCAGUUUGUUGGCAUGGGGAUGGACCUCUACAUGUCAUCCACAGCUGCCAGAGAUGUGUGGGACCGAGCUGAUAGACACAUGUUGAAGAAGUAUGGAGUUUCUCUUCUGAAAAUUGUCCAAGAAAAUCCGAGAGAGUACUUGGUUAAAUCUGGUGGCAAGAAAGGCAUCACCAAUUCGUACACACUACCUCUCUUUGAGCAGCUGAUUCCGGAGAUCACUCGGUCAUCGAAAUCAUACACGCACCGGUGUUCAAAUGGCCUGCUCAAUGCGACACUGUUCACACAGCCGAUCCAGACGGUGAUGUCGCUAGCUCAGGCUGCAGACAUGCGUGCUCAUGGUCUUAUCCAGGACGAUGCUAUUUUCGCUGGCCAUUCGCUUGGUGAGUUUGGGUCACUCGCAGCAAUUGCUGAGAUUGUCUCUGUCGAGGAUGCGGUCGAUAUUGCCCUCUAUCGUGGGCUUUUGCUCCAUGCUUCAGUAGAUCGCGAUACCAAUGGUCGCUCCCAGUAUGCGAUGGCAUCUAUCAAUCCUCAGCGUGUUCUACCUGGCUUCAGCGAGCUGCACCUGCUCCGAAUUGUUGACUGUAUUCGUGAGCGGAAGCAGCAGCUCCUAGAAGUUAUCAACUACAAUGUCCAAGGGCAGCAAUACGUUGUCACAGGGCAUGUUGAGAGUUUAAAUGACAUGUGCCUUAUUGCGCAUGAGCUAUCCAAAAGGAGUUUGUCAUCAGCAGAGCUGGAAGAGGGAAACAUCCUUCAGGAUAUAAUAGACGGUAUACUCUCUGCAACUCCAGAUAUGCAGCUACAGGAAGAUAGUAGAAUGAACUACCCGUAUCCCUGGCGUUGA